UUUCCUACUAUAAAAGCAGAAUUAAUAGAAGAGGAUUUCAACUUCUCCUCACACUAAACUCAUAGGACAACAGCUUUAAGAAGCUUAUACUAGAAAACUGAAAAUGAACACUAUUUGUGUGAUUAUUCUAGCUGCUCUUCUGAACUUUGCAGCUGCCAGUGAGUGCAACCCUACAUGUUACAGUAAUGAAAAUUGUGUUGAAGCUGCCAAUAAGACAGGAUGCGUCUGCAACACCACUUUGUACAAGAACAAAGCACUUUCAGACUUCAUUCCCACAUUGACCUGUACUGGUGGUAUAAUGGAGAUCUCUCUCAGUCAGUGUCUCCUGGAUUACUUUGGUCUAAAUAGCAGCACCCUCCGUUUAACCAACACAUCUAAUGCAUGCUACAACACCUACCCUAGUGUUAUCAAUAGUGGACGUGCACAAAGUCUUAGUGUCCAAGCUCAGACAGGAUUGUGUGGGAACAGGGUGACGAUCGAUUCAGUCAAAGUCAGUUAUACAAACACCCUUCAGAUUAAUAUUCAGAACAAGAGCCUUCUUACUGUAAAUCCUGUCGAAAUGAACUUUACUUGUUCUUAUAACCUGACUAUGCAGAUCAGUCUCAAUGUCACCCUGAAGCCCAUUAUAAGUAUCACCUACCUCACAGGACCUAAUGGAGAAGGCUCAUAUCCCCUUACCUUUGCUGCUUACAAGAAUCCAGACUACACCGUUCCAUUUGAACAGGCUGAUACUGUGGUUGUGGGAACUUACAUUUACCUGGGCUUAUUCAUUACUGGAGCAGAUGGAGAUACGUUUGCAUUAAGGACUGUGCAGUGCUGGGCUACUCCCACCAAUAACCGCAAUGAUCCAAAUGCUGUAGUAUUAGUUAAAGACGGAUGUGCAGUUAAUGAGGAUGUUGAAACUUUGGUAGAAAAGAACGGAGAGUCUCUAGAAAGCAGAAUUAGGAUCAGCUCAUUUCAGUUUCGGGAUCAAAAUGAAGUGUACGUGUUCUGCAAUACUCGGUUGUGUGAAAAAUCUGAAGGCUGCACUGGGUGUUUAUCUGGUAAAGCAUCUAAGGAUGGCUCUGGGCAAGUGUCAAUAUCACUGAAAUUAGAUGAUUAUGGUUUUAACAGUGCCGGAUCCCAUAAAGUUGGAUUCUUGACUUUGCUUGGCUGCUUUUUGAUCCUACUUAUAUCUAGUAGACUCUUCUGAGGUGAACUGAUGCACUGUAUGAUGAGCUGUGUAUUAACAAGCAUUGACUACUGCCAAACAAUAUUCUGGACCACAUAUAAUCUCUUCAUCUGAGAUGGUUAUUAUCAAGGAGCAAAAAAAAUAUAUAUAUUCACUUCUCCUCAUCAAGUCUUUAAACAAGACUGGGGAUAUUUUUUCUUCAUGAGAAUUGAAGCUAUAUUUGGGACAAUAGACGUUUCUUUACUCACUGAAGACAAAAAACUCUUGAACAUGUUCUUCAACAAUUAUUAAUGUGCCUAUCUGUAAGAAAAGACAUUUGGAUUGUUAUGUUUGUUUAAACUUAAUUCUAUAAAGAAAUAUUUUUGUUAAAUUCCAUGGACAUUCUGAUAUUAAAUGCCAAAAUUAUGGAAACUUGCCAGCAACUGCAAAAUCAAAAACUUGAAUAGCUUUCCAGUAUUGAUGACUCUGGCCUAUAACUACCAGCUUAUACCCACUCUGGGAUCAGAAGACAAGGCUUGUUGCAGACUAGUUGGGCAUAUUAUACCUACUGAUAGUUUAUCAAUGUAACAAUGGACACCAGGAGAGUUUAUAACAAUUCUGUCUCUUGUAAUGGACUUUUUGUUUCAGAGCAGAUGAGGCCAUAAAUGCACAACAACCGGGUUCAAAGAGGCUGAUUCUGCGUUUUCCCUUACCUUUAUCCUUAACUAUACUUUAUGUUACAAAUGUAUGUAGGGUGUUAUCCUUACAUUCUCUCCCUCUCCUAUACUUUCCCUCUGUCUUUCUCCUUCCCCCAACCAAAUCUAUCAACUAAAUCUUUUUUGUUGUUGUAAAUAAUUCUUUAAGAUAAAAUAAAUUAUUUGUUUCAACUA